UAUGUGACAUUAUAACACCGGUCAUGUGGACAAGUAAUACUCUAGUUGAUGAAAAACCAAAAAAGGAAGCCCUGAAUGCAGCAUUACUUGAUCAAAAUAAGCCACACAUGCGAUGCUUUAAUGGUUUUCUUAUUUUCACAUGGCCCAUUAAUUAAGACCCACACGUUUCCCAUACAAAAAUGUGGACUUUUCAAUUAGUGUAUAACAGUCGUUAAAGUCGUUAAAUUCAAUUAGUUUAUAAUAGUCGUGGGAUUAGGGUCAAGUUGAUGGGUUUUUCUUCUAGAAAAAUAAGCCACCAAAAACUGACCAUUCUCUGAGGCCCAUUCAAAUGACAAAAACCUUGUUACUAUCACACCCAGGGUGACUUUUUCCAAUACUAGGGGUGAAAAAUGCCCUUGCCAGGCCGCCACCUGAUCAUCCCGAUAUGUCAUGUGGCGUCUGUCGUGAUAAAAGCAUUACAGGCAACCAUCAAAUAUAUACAAGCAUUUGUUUGUACCAACCUCUUGUGUGUGGUUCUUCAGGAACUCUCUGUAUCUUGUUGAGACCACCAGAGAAGAAGCAGAUAACAUGGGGAAGAAACUUGAUUACCUUCUUGGAAGAUCCUUCAAAAUCUCCAAACUCAAAACCCUUGUUAAUCUUGCCAUUUCUCGGCUUGCCGUCCUUAAGAACCAGCGCCAGGUUCGAUGCUCCCAUGCCCGGACUGAUGUCAUUCAGCUCCUCAACCUUGGUCACCAAGAACCUGCUCUUCUUCGCGUUGAGUAUGUGAUCAAGGAGCAGAACAUGUUGGAUGUAUUUUUGAUGAUAGAAGCUUACUGCCAUCUGCUGAUCGAAAGGAUCACGCUCUUUCAAAACAAGGAGUGCCCUGAUGAGCUCAAGGAGGCCGUAUCAAGCUUGAUCUUUGCAACUUCAAGAUGUGGAGGGUUCCCGGAGCUCCAACAGAUUCGUGAGAUGUUUGUGUCAAGAUUUGGCAAAGAAUUUGCUGCUCGCGCUGCUGAACUACAAAACAACUGUGGGGUGAAUCUUAAGAUGAUACAGAGGCUUUCAACCAGACAAGCAAGCUUGGAAAGUAGGUUGAAGGUGCUAACAGAAAUUGCUUCUGAAAAUGGAAUCACUCUGUCUCUUGAGGAAGAUGCUGCCCUGAGCACCGAGGAGAAACAAGAUGUCAACCAGAAGCAGAAGCGGAAGCAGCUUGAGUCUAAUGAAUCAGCUAACUUAGACAAUCCUGAACUCAAAGAUGACAAUAAUGAUUUCCCAGAACUGAUAAACUGUGGAGAGACACUUUCUGAAUCAGUGAAAGCACGAAAGUAUAGGGAUGUAGCAUCUGCAGCUCAAGAUGCUUUUAAAUCAGCAGCCUAUGCUGCAGCAGCUGCAAGGGCUGCUGUUGAACUCUCUCGAGCCGAAUCAUGGGACCAAGAUCCUGAUUAUUAUAGCGGUUCAAAGCACCAACGAAGAAUCAUGUCAUCUUCUGAUGGGUCCUCAACAUCUAAACUUCAGGUUGAUACGAAUGCUUUCUUGCAGGAUAUCGAGAAAUCAAAUGAUGGAUUGGGUUUUGACAUGAUCCAUCCUACUGACAAUUUGAGUUCUGAAUCAGAACGUGAUGAGAUGGAAGACAACCUCGACAGAAGUCAUCUCCAAGAAAUGAAAGAGUGUGAGAGGAAAGCAGGAAUGGAAAGGACAUUAUCUGGUUCAAGUUCAGAUUCAGACGGGGGCAAUUUGCAUGGGAGCCAAAUGUCUUUGAAUAUACCAGACUGGAAUGAGCAGUCGGUUAAGGGAACAGCAUUUGAUGGAAAUGAUAAUCAAUCUGAGAAGCCACAGGUCGAUACCUGGUUGAAGCACCAUGAUUUGGGUUCUGGCAAGAAGUUUAGCUUCCCUAAAAAUGAAUUAUCAAAGGGCAGACAGUUCAAUGCAGUAGCAGAUGAAGAUUUUUCAGAUGAGGAUGGAAAUAACCUCUAUUAUAAACCUCCAACAAGAAUUCUACUAAAAUCUCAAGCUGAUUCCCCUGCAUAUUCUGGGGAAGGAAAAUCUACAUUUGAAAGUACAUACAGCUCAAGCUCUGCAGAUGAAUCACAUUCAAAACAUUCACACAUAGGCAGGAAGCCCGCUUCAUUGAGGACUAGACGCAUACGUAGAGACUGAGCAGUAUCUGAGUGAACUGAGGAGAUUUUGUUUCAAAAGUUGUUCAAUAUUCAGUAAUUGCGUACCCAUUUUCUUCAUUUCAUUAUCCCAAAUAAUUUGCAGCCAUAUAUCUUGCACACUGAUUCAGAGUAAGAAUAAAGAUUUUUUUGAGCAGUA